AUGGGAAAAAAAGCAAAAACGUACAGGUAUGCAAUAGUAACAGGAGCUAACAAAGGAAUUGGUUAUGGGAUAUGUAAGAAAUUGGCUUCAAGUGGUGUAAUUGUGGUGCUUACAGCUAGAAAUGAGAAAAGAGGUUUAGAUGCAGUUGAAAGCUUGAAAGAGUUAGGUCUCUCUGAUUUUGUGGUUUUUCAUCAACUUGAUGUGACUGACCCUAUAACUGUUGCUUCUUUAGCUGAGUUCAUUAGAAUCAGAUUUGGAAAACUUGAUAUCUUGGUGAAUAAUGCAGGUGUUGCUGGGGGAAUAGUGAAUGGUGAGAAAAUUCUUAAAAAGAUAAGGGGUGAAAUAUUGGAAUAUAGUAGUGCAACAAAAUUCUUUUCUUCCACUUCUCCAAGAAUCGUCAAUGUCUCCUCUCGAUGCGGCCAAUUGAAGUGUAUGCCAAAUGAUUGGGCAAGAGGAGUGUUUGAUGACAUAAAAAGCCUUACAAAUGAAAAACUUGGUGACGUGCUCAGAAUGUUUCUGAAAGAUUACAAAGAAGGAGUCUUGGAAUCCAAAAACUGGCCAACUUUUCUUUCUGGUUACACAAUGGCAAAAGCAGCUUUGAAUUCAUACACAAGGUUGCUAGCAAUGAAGUUUCCUCAUUUUCGCAUAAAUUGUUUAUGCCCUGAGUUUGUUAAGACUGAUAUUAACGAGAAUACUGGAUUUUUAAGCAUUGAUGAGGGUGCAGAAUGUCCUGUAAAGCUAGCAUUGGUGCAAGAUAAUGGUCCAACUAGUCUCUUUUUUCUAAGGGGUGAAGUGAUUUCUUUUCAAUAA